ACCAUCGGGCCUCCUGUUGCUGGCUAGUGCCUCUCGGCUCCCUCCGUCCUCGCUCGUCGUCUUCUCCUUCCCACACUCUCCCGCAGAGUGGGACUCUUACGCCACCGAGACCCGUCCAUCGCUUUUGUGUCUUCCGUGUCGGUGGGAAGUCCACACUUGGCAUCAUGCUGACCCUGGUGGCGCUGGCGUCUCUCCUUGUCCUGGCCGCAGUGCCCGAGCCGUCCCAGGCCAUCGUGAUUUACACGGGCUGGGAGCGUCAUGCACUGGUGGGCAGCGAGGUGCGGCUCUCCUGCUCCUUCUUCUCCUGGCGCUGGACCUCCGAGGACGUCACCUUCUCCUGGACCUACAGGCCCGACGGGGCCAGGGACAGCGUCUCGAUCUUCCACUACACGGGCGGGAUGGCCUACGUGGACAACAAGGGUCCCUUCAGGGACCGUCUGGAGUUUGUGGGGGACCCAAGCCGCCGCGACGGCUCCAUCGUGCUCAAGAAUUUGGAGUUCAGCGACAAUGGGACCUUCACCUGCGACGCCAAGAACCCGCCCGACAUCGGCGGACGGCCCUCCAGCGUGCGCCUGCUGGUCUUUGAGAAAGUGCCCAUCCAGGCGGGCGUGAUCACGGGUUCCAUCGUGGGCGCCGUCCUGGGCCUGCUGCUGCUAAUUGUGGUCAUCUACUACCUGAUGCGCUUCCUGGUGGCGCGCCGCGUCUUCAGCCUCAGCGUCAGCAAACACGGCAAGAAAAAGAAGGAGGGAUCACAGCAGAGACAGGCCCCUGCGCCAGCGGCCGACCCUGCCAAGCAGAAGGCCUCGGAGAAGAAGAAGCAGGAGUCCCGCAAGGAGCGCAAUAGGAUACGGGGCGGGGCUGGGGUGCGCUCUUUGGGCGGCUGCUCCGGCCCGGGCGGGGGGCGGGUGGCGGAAGGGACGCGGCGGCAGUGGAGGACGCCGCCGGCCGGGUGCUGAUGACCAUCGAUCUGGAGCUGACCCGCAAGAACGGCCAGGAAGGCCCGGGCGGCGCCUCCAAAGCGCCCGGCCUCCUUUCACGGCUCGCCCGGCAGCUCGCCCUCCGCUAAAGGGGCGGGGAUGGGGUGGGGGGUGCGUGGGCAUGCCACCAGUAAUCAACAAGUGCAGUGGUACCAACUGUGACUUGUGGUCGUCCCAGCAGCCUUGUUUUGACGCUGCCCCCCCAACCCCCCCCCAUGAGCAUUAUCCUGCGUUCUGCACCCUCCCUUUUGCAAAUAUUUCUAAAUGAUCUUCUAACCACUGUCUCCUCUCUCUCACUCUCUCUCUCACCCCGCCCUUCUUCUUCUUCUCUUCUUAGAUAAAGGUCUGACUCCUCCGUGACGCCUCCUCCACCUCUCUAGUUUGCCCGACGCACCCCCCCUCCUCUUUUUCCCUUAGUUGUCAUUACUUCCCAUUAUCUCUCCUCCUUUAAGGCAGUCUAUAAGAGGAAUAGACGCACCCCCAGCCCCCCCUCCUGCGUCCCCCCCCGCCGUCAGCGGUCGUGUCAAAUAAUUUCCUCACCGGAGUCCCUUUAUGCACUCACCGGGCGACGCGUAAAAAAAGUGUUUAAGGCCUAACGACGCUCAUAACCGGCGCCACAGGAUCCCGCCAGACGCCCCUCGGGCCGACUGGAGUCUCCUGAACCUUUUUUUUUUUUUUAUGACUCAAUCUGGCGUAAAGCAUGUGACCCAGCUCAGGGCAGCGUCGACAGUGAUAUCAUUCCUGUCCUUUUUAACAUCAAUUUGUCGUCGUAUAAUUCGGGAGGGUCAUCAUUUGAGGGGAAAUAAUUUCAUUUAUCAAAGAAAAAUCAGACUAGAUUCAUAUUUAUUUCUAGAAGAAAUGUUCAAUAUUUUUGGAUAAAACGUUUACAGGAAUUAAAUUGUAUUUUUGGUGGGGAAAUUCCUAAUUAUAAUAAUAAGAUAAUUUCGCAAAAACCAAGUGACCUUAUUAAUGAUUAGCCUGAUGACAACUUGGAUCGUGGUGGGGGUGUUUUAGAUGGAAAAACAAAAUCCUCAAAUAGUCCUAAUUUUGCAGAAAGUAUCUGACAACUAUUAUAUUAAACAAGAUAUUUUUGUGAGAAAAAUACAGCCAAAUUAAAAGAAAAAUGCCGUUGUUAGGGUUAGGGGGCGCUACGUUGCCCUUCUCUGGCCCUUGAUGGCGCUUAAUGGCGUCUAUUUCUGGCCAUCUUCACUAGUAACAGCUGCGCAUUUCUCGGAGGAGUUAGCGGGUCGGUGUUGGGUGGUGGCGGGCUGGUAUGAUUUAGCGUCGGCCGCUUCGCCUGGCAGGCCGGCGACCGACGAGCGAGGAUGAUGUCAAGGGGCCGGAGGGCGGGCGGCGGACGGGACCUCCUUAAGAUAGAACCAUCCUCCUUUUUUCCCUUCGCCAAACAUCUCGCUGCCAUCCCUCCUUUCCUCGUGUCCUCAUUGCGUCUUUGGCUUUUAUCUCCUUCCGCUUCUUGACGUCCGGCGGCCGCGCACAAUCCACUACGCUCAUUAAGCCUGGUCUUAUCGGACUUGCGGCUCCCGUCCUCCUUCGCCUCCCUUCGCUUGCCCUUCAAAGAAGCCCGCCUUCCCUCCCUCCCUUCGCUCCCUCGGGGGGUGGGAAGCCAUGUGGUCCUCGCCUUUCCCGCUCUUUUUUUCCGCACCGUCCCUCGUCUUUUGUCCAAAUGCCAAGACGCGCACCUCUGCCCCCGACUGGCAAAGGCAGGUUGCGUGUGCAAAGCCGCAUUUUCACCAAGAAGUCUUGUUCGGUUUGACUCCGUAUCCUUCGGCAGGUGAAUCCUGGUACGACUCGUGUUUCUGCGUCUAAAAUGAUUCGUAAUAGGACAAUUUUGUGAAGGACAAGCAUAUCUCUUUUUGAAAACAUGAACUUGUUAGAGGCCGCGUUGAGAUUUGACUGGAUUCCCACGACUCGUGGCACCCGAUUCUACUUUUUAACAGCUCAGUCAAGCUCAGAGCGCCAUUUCCUCGGCAACUUUGGGCAGGAAGCCGUACCGCCUGCCACGAAUAGCAGAAAAAGGAGAGGGAGAGUCGGCGGCCCCUUCAGGAACAUAUCAAGUGAUGUUUGUGUCGACCGAUCAGUAAAUGUGGUUGUUGGUGAGAAUGUGAAAAGCUGUGUCCUGUUCUGAAGCCCAACGAGGCGACUUGGUGAAACCCGGUUCGCUAAGCAUCAAAGCAACAAUUUUAGCAUUAGAACGCUAUGGGGGCGGAUGCACAGUCUUGGCCAAGUCUCGGUUGAAGGUGGUCUUCAAAGGUGCUCCCCCGUCCUCCCAAAACCAAACAGCGAGCCAAGCGGCCGAUCGGCAGACGUCAAGCUUGGGGAUGGCUGAGACUUGAAUGUUCCUUUUGAAAAUGAUUGGGAAUGCUUAUAAUCUUAUUAAAAAGGCCUUGUAUGUUUUAUGAGCCGUAUUAGGAGCAAUGUAACAUUACUGCGUUUGAAUUGACUGGAGCUUCAUCUCAAGCUGUUGUUGUUUUUGUUUUUUUUACAGUCUAUUUAAUUUAACGCUUGUUGUCGCUCUAAUUGAACGUGUAAUAUGUUGUAAAAACAACGUGAAUAAAACAUUUAAGCCCA